UGGUCUUGCUCAUGGAAGCAUCAGGCAGAGAGCAUCAGAAAUGGUCUGCAGAGAUUUUGUCGUGUAUUGCGUUGUGUUUCUGACAUUUUCCAGCCUGAGCAGAUGCUUCCCUAAUGGUGCUCCCUUAUCAGCGUGUGAAAGCAUGAUGCCCAGGCAUGCUGGAGUUGUGCCACAGUCUAACGCGGCCCCCUAUACUGUCGAACCCGAAGCAAGCGUCUUUCACCCCGGCAAGCCAGUACGAGUUCAAAUACUGGGGCCACAAUACAAUGGUUUCUUGCUCGUAGCCCGAAGAGAUGGAAGCAGCACACCACUAGGAUCAUGGCAAAUCCCACCUGAAAACACCCAGCUGCUGCAGUGCUUUGGAAUCGCAAGGUCUGCCGUUACCCAUCUGGACACAUCGCCCCGGAACAAUUCCGUCACCUUUGCAUGGGUCCCUCCUGACUCUGCCUGUCCCACUGCUGUUAAAUUUGUCGCAACUGUAGCACAAUCCUUUCAAAUCUAUUGGCUUAAUGUACAAUCACAUCCUUUAACUAAAGCUCCAGGAAUCACAUGCUGUGGGGUGAAGUUCUUCUCUACAAUUGGCAUCAUUGCUGCACUGUUCUUAUUUUCCUUCCUAGUUAUUGGAUCCAACAGUUAAUGGCAUGCAGAAAUAAAACAAAUGCAACACUAUAGGAUUCAUCAGAAGAUGUACCCUAAUGGUUUACUGUAA